AUGAGGAUGGCCUUGAGGUUAACCCGAUCAUACUGCGUUCCCAUCGAAGAGAGGAUCGAGGCGAUCACGGAGUCCUCAACCUUCAUCCCUUCGUUCAGACUCCGACAGUACUUGUCGAUGACCUCCUCGAAGAGGCUAUCGUAGACCCUUCUGACGGCCUUCAUUCGUCUCCGGACUCCGUUCAAGUCGAGGAAUCCGAUAAAAGGGAGGUAGUCGUUGAUGUUGAAUACCCCGGCUAACUGGGUAGCUUCUUUGACCGUCUUCUGUAUGGUAGCUUCGUCCCCAGAUAUCUUCCCGAACAGAAUACGGAACACAAUGGCCAUGGUCGUCGAGGCUACGGCUUCGGUGAGAUCGACAGGUUUGCUGUCCCCCUCGGCAGCCUUCUUCAGGAAGUGCAGGAGCCGGUGAAUCUCCGCGUUCCUCAUGCCCCGGAAGGCUUGGAUCUUGCGGGUGGAGAGCAUAUGAGACAGGCAGAGGUUCCGGGAUUCGCGCCAGUUAGUCCCGUAUUCGCUGUUCAGGAUCCCCUUCUGCUGCCCAUAGGUGAGGUAAGCGCUGAUAUCGCCCCCUGGCCGGUCCAUGAAGACGGGCUCCCUGAGGAACUUCUGCGCAGUAGCGAAGGACGAUACCACCACCAUUCGGACGAAGCCGAGCUUGAUGCCCAUGACGGGCCCGUACGCCGCCGCCAGUUUCCGGAGGGUCUGAUGUGGUAAGGUUCCCAAAGCGAGGAGAUUCCCCAAAAUAGGAAGACCGGGAGGGGAUGGCGGCGGCCUGAAGCUUUCUCCACCGCCGAUCUGGGUCGUCUUCUUCCUCAACAACGGGAGAGCGAAGAAACGUGCGGCCGCAGCGGCCGCUGCCACCGCUAUGGCUACGAGAAGGGUAUCUGGGGCCAUCCACGAGUACACUGCCAUACUUUGCUCCUCUGAAACCAUGGCUGCUCACUUUCAUGUGUAUACACAUAUAUAGUGUGUUCGUGUGGUGUGUGUGAGCGAGAGAGGGACGUGACAUCCUACCUUCAUAGGCCGGCAUAACAUUUUUCCGAGUUAUUGCUCUCUAGGAGAGAAGCCACGUACCGCCGCCGCGGCCGCUUCCACCACUACGGCUACGGGAAUUGGGAUCAUCCACGAGUAUACCGCCAUACUUGGUCCUAUGAAAUUAUUGCUGCUUACCUGAAAUAUAUAUUUAUUUAGUAAGAGUGAGACAUGUAAGGACCUUUUUAGUCCUCUCGAGGAGACGGAAGAAACCUCCCGCUGCCGCGGCUGCUUCCACGAGUACACCGGCAUACAUGCUGCACUGAAUAUUUAUUUAUUUAUCGAGAGAGAGAGAAUUCGCCGUGACUCUGCCGGACUGGGGUUCAUACUCGUUCAAAGUCCUCGCUCCCUCGGAGCCAGACGUGUCAUCAACAUCACCUUGCUACGCCGGCACAGCAUGUCUUACAGAGUUAUUGCUCGCGAGGAGAGGAACCUUGCCGUGUCAAAGCCGGCUGCACUCCACUCACAAAUAAACCGGGUUAAUAAUGGAGACCGAGGAGAACGGAUCACGUCCACGUCGCCAAGCUGAUUAAGAGAGGAUCUUGUUUUAUUAGUAAUUAUUUAUUUCUUUAAUUAUGCAUUCGAGAAGUUAUAAAUAACUUCAUGUAACCCUAGAAAACCAAGAGAAGGAAGAUCAUGUCCACCACCCCACUAUCUGCCGGCACAUUAUUUGCCUGCCUAGUGUUGAGGACACAUAACCCAUUCAAGCAAGUGCCGUAAAGGAUCAAGAAGCCGUUACGGCACCAGCUGUCAUCCAAGACAAACUAGAGCAAUAUUUUCAUAAGAGCAACGGCUCCUUGCCCAAUUCUACCACAUGACUUCUCUAUAUAAACUGACCCUUACAAUGUAACACAUGAACCAUUCUUUCUAUUCUAAUCUUCUUCUUCUCGACACUCUCCUUUGUCUCGUCUUCAACCUCUAUCUUUCUAUACCCUAGUCUUUUCACCUAGUCGUUGCUGCACUGCUAGUUCGCCAUCUACCAGCCACCUAUCACCGUCCUUCGUCGAUCAUCCGCCGUUCAUCAUCCUUCUGCCACCAUCUAUCGCCCUCUGUCCACCGUCCAUUGCCGUUGCUAUCUGAUGCUGCUGCUGCCGCCACGAUCACCAUCGACUGUUGUCGUCGUCCACCGCCUGCCAACGAUACAUGGGGAACAAUUCAUACCUUCGCCGCUGUCUAGAGCCAUUGCCCACGUCACCAGCCCUACCACCACCGUGCCACCUCCUCCUGAACCGCCGCUCUGCCCCGCUGUUCCGCCCUUUCACCCGUUUUGCCACCUCUCACUCCGGCUGUUUUUUGCCAAUUUCCCCGCCCCCAUCUCACCGGUUCAGAUUAAAUCCCCACCAGUUCAUGACUCUGGACCCACCGGACUGGACUGGCCCAGUUCCGCAAGACCCGAACCUGCCAACUGUCAACAAUCCGAACCCGGUCAGCAGGAAGCCAGUCAACGAUGAACAGUCGACAAUCAGCACCUAGUCAACUGUCCACACGGCCAACUAUGACCAAUUGAGGGUUUCAGCUUCACUCUGUGCUCAUCCACCGACUAGCCAUUCAUUCCGGCAACAACGCUAUCGCUAAAUCCUUUUUCUUUUUGGUUUGAGGAUUUUGCUUAUUUAGUAUCUUAUCUUCCAAUUGCCGUUGAGUGAAUCUUAUAUAGGUCCAUUUAUGGAUUAACUGGUAAAGAGUUUGUGAAAACCCCUUGAUAGUCAUGUAGUCCACUUAUUGUGGGUUAA